UCGUGCUGGUAAUUGUAAACACAUUGCCCGCUGUUGUGUGAAGCCGUGAAAGGAAAAUAAACAUAAAUUAUAGAAAAUGAAUAAUUAAGGCUUUUUAUGAACAAAAAUUACAAUAAUUGUGUAAAAUAAAUAGUUUUUAAGUAAAGUGAAGAAAAACUUUAAAUUUCGCAUUUGAAACGAUGUCGUCGGUUGGUGUUACAACAACUGCCAGCAUUUGCUUAUCUUGCAAGACCCAAGAGAAAACUACGGAUUUUCACAACAUUUUCGAAGCUGAUUUGGAGGAUAUACAAUUAAGUGAUUUGAUUCUAAAAUACUUUGGAAUCUCCAUUUCCUCUGAGAAGGGCCACAAGCAGGAAAUUUGCGAUGAAUGCCUGAAUCGUUUAAUAGAACUAUAUGAUGUGGAAGAGCAUAGCAAAGAGUUAAAGGCGGCUGCAAAUGAUGGAAAUACAAAGAACAAAGAAGAGUUGACGGUGCCGAUAUGUUCAAUCAAGGAGGAAAGAGAAAAUGCGGAUGCUAGCGGGAAAACUUCUAAUAAAGAAAAUGCUUACAUUAAAGCUGAAACUAGGGAGUUACCACCCUCUUUUGUAGUUAAUAAAGGACUCCAGGAUGCAGAUCAACAAGCAGCUGAUAUAGAAGGCAAAUGUGAUGAGGGACCAAAGGUAACAACCUUGCUCGAAACAGACAUUAAUAAUGGAGAAGAAGAAAAAGAACACUGCUAUGUGGACAGUACACCAUCUACGCGCACAUUGGAAACUGAUACCAAGGAGGUGGAAGAUAUUUACAACAAUGUACAUCAGUUACAGUCAACGGUGACCUUCGACGAAAAUGUAUAUGAAGAUAGUGAUCAAACGGAAUCUUUAGCUGAGGUCCUUGCUUACCAAAAUAAUGAAGAACAUAAAGCCAUAGAUCAUGAAUCCGAAGAAAUUUCAGAAUUGGCAACCAACUUUGAAACAGAAUUGAGUAAUGAUGGGAGUUUCCACAAUCUGGUUUCAUCGGAAUCGCAUAGUGUUCUCCGUGUUAAUGCAAAACCAAUUAGCGAGGAAGAUGACGUAGAUUCUCACUUGCAACAACUUCCAUCAGAGAAUAAUAACGGGUUCGAAGCCAUAGAAGAGUCAAACGACAUGGAAGAAAAUGAUGACUACAACGAGGAAACUUACGUCGAAUCAUCUCCAACUUCCGAACAGAACACUGUUGUUUUCAAAGCUAACACUAAAUCGUCCGUUAUUGAAGAGGACCCUGAAUACCCAGACGAUUCUGGCAGUAAUUAUUUUUUAGCUGUUGACAAUGAUGAAAAACAGCAGGAAGCGGCGGAAAUGAUGGUUUAUGAGGAACAUAAUACAGAAGAUGAAGGAUCCGAUGCAUAUGUCGAAGAAAUUUUCUGUCAAAACGAUAAAGAUGAGAAUUCUGGGGAAGAAGAAAAUCCUGGGGUUGAUGAAAAUACUUGUGAAGAAGAAAGUGCUGUUGAAGACAUAACUGAUGAUACCUUAAUCUAUGUACAAGAUGAUGCUGUGGAAUUUGAUGAGCCCGCUGCUGACUUGAUAGAGUUGGAAAACGGAAAUGAUAAUGAAUCGACAAAUGUUUAUGAAGAGGAUCAACAAAGUGAAUUUGAAGAUCAAACAUUGGAAAUCCAGGCAACUGAUGAAAUCUCUAAUGACAAUAAUGUGGACACCACAGAUUUCGUUGAAAAUGAAGAGUAUUCUUUGGAUGCUACUGAAUCAAAUGAAAACAUUCAGGAUGAGAAUUACUAUGUUGAAGAAAUUAUUACCUCUGUAGAUUACGACAAAGUUGAUAUAACUGAGUAUCUGGAUAACGUCAUUGCUACGAACUUCGAUGACCUGCAAGUAGAAUGGGAAGUGGAGUGUAAACUAUGCCUCUGUAAAUAUGCCACAUUUCAAGAGCUACUACAACAUUCAUGUAUCACUGAGCUAGUGGAGGAAGAACAAAAUUUCAGUUGUAUUAAAGCUGAUUGUAAUGAAGUUGUGAGUAAUUUGAAAACACUGGCACGACAUUUGAUCAUUAGACAUUACAAAAAUAUUGAAAGUUUACGAAUCUAUGGCCGUUGUCCAGAUUGCCGGAAACCGUUCUCAAAUAUAGCCGACUUUAAUAAACAUUCCUGCAGUGACAUUAAAAGAAAGCCGGGCAUGAAGAACUUUUGUCAGAUGUGUAAUCUACAUUUUCAAUCGUUGAAAAGAUUUGUUUUCCACAUGCAAUUCCACUUGAGCAAACAUCGUCCCAAAGUUUGUGUGCUUUGCAGUUCCCUUUUCAAUAACAUUGAUGAUUUCUUUGAACAUGUUAGUUAUGGUCAUGAAACGGAAGCAUCUAUGGCUUGUAUAAAAUGUGAUCGCUUCUUCCAAGAUAAAGAUGUUUUUGGACAGCAUGUCCUGAGUCAUGAAAACAAAUAUAUUUUUGAAUGUCCUCACUGUCCCAAGAAGUAUACAAAUAGAAGUAGUUUGACUAGUCAUAUGGAUAUUUAUCACAAUCAUCAAAUGAAACCCUUACAAUGUGAUCAUUGCUAUAAGAUAUUUGUUAAUCAAGCCAGUUAUCGCAGUCACAUUAAGGCUCAUAUGCCAGAAGCGAAAAUUACAUCGUUUAUAUGUUUGGCUUGUGGUGUAUUGUCAAAUAAUGAGGAAUUUAUACAGAAUCACAUUGAAAACGAAGAAACCUCACCGGUCGAUACGGGCGGUGAAUAUAUCGAAAAGAUAAUCUCUAUUGCCUACACCUGCGAAUGUUGUUCAUUGGACUUUUUUUCGCCGAAGCAUUUACAAAAACAUCGCAACACGCCAAGCCAUGACGAUAAUCUCUAUUGCUGUCCGAUAUGUCGCAAAACGUUCAAGACCCUAAAACAUAUGCGUAAUCAUAUGACCAAUCAUAAAGAUUAUGAUGAAUGGCUUAAUGACUUUCCAAUUGCAAGAUUUUAUAUGUGUAAUAUUGGGGAUUGUAUGGAUGCCUAUCCCUUGUGGUCAUCGUUGUAUUAUCACAAGAAAAGGCAUAAGACUACAGAUGCACCCAGUAAGUUUCCGUGUCAAUUUUGUGAGAAGGUGUGCGAAACAAAAAUGUCCUUGGCCGUACACAUUGCAAGGGUUCACAAUAAUAACAACAUCAAAUGCCAACAUUGCCAAAAAUCCUACAAAAGUGAAAAGGACUUAAAGCACCACAUGAUGCGCAUGCAUAUUACCGUGCAAUGCAGCAAAUGCGAUAAAGUAUUUAAAAAUCAACGUAAUUUGAUAUCACACGAACAGCUAGUCCAUGAAAAUAUGAAGCGUUACUUUUGCAGUCAUUGUGAAAAGGGCUACUACUAUCAGAGUGAACUGAAAGCUCAUGAGAAAAAUGUUCAUCCAAGCACCACCUAUAAAUGCAAACUAUGUAAUUUUGUUACGACCUAUCCAAAAUCUUUGGAUUUGCAUCAUGCAGCUAAACACACUGACAGUCUUCAGUUUCAAUGUGAACUUUGUGGCAAGGGAUUUGCACGCAAACAACUACUGGUCUUGCACAUGAAACGGCACAAAGAUGACAAGGAUUUUAUUUGCUAUGAAAAUUGUGAUGAUGGCUGUGCGGCAUCGUUUAUUAAUUAUUUUCUAUUGAAAAAACACAUUGAAGAGGAGCAUUCAUCGGCGACAUGGACAGAGGAUAGUGGCAAAAAAUCUAGGUUCCAAGAAAAGAAAAAACGAAAAGCCACUGAGACCAGUAGCAGCAGCUGCAGUGGAGGAAGCAAACGCAAGAAACGGGAAAUAGUUGUGGUGGAAAAUAACAGCGGUGAGGUAGAGUUUAUUUUGGGCGAACUUGUUAAUAACGAAAGCCAGGAUGCUAUGUCGAAUGAUCUGGAAAGCCAGGAUGAUGAUAAUAGAACACCCGACGAAGAAGAACAAGACGAUGAAGAGGAAAUACUUAAGGCCUUCGAAGAAGAGGAUUUAAUGGAUUAUGAAGCGAAUGAGUGAAAAAUGUUCAGUAAUUUUUUUAUGGAGGAAAUUAAUUUUGUAUAUAGUUGUUGUAGGAAUAUUAAGUUUCCAUGCAAAAACUGAGUAAUAUAUGGUAUAGAAUUAUUGUGCAUAUUAUUAAAAAUCUUAAAAGUAA